UGCCUGAAAAUGGCAGCGCCCAGUGAGGAAAACGUGAGCGUGGUGACGGGAGAUGAAUUCAGGCAAAUGGACCCCAUUGGUUUAAAAAAUAUGGUUUAUAAACGUGUUAAAAUUUGUGCGGCCAAUGAGUAUGAGCAUGAGGGAUGGAUUUACACGAUAGAUCCAGUUUCACUUAGCAUCAUCUUGGCCCAAUGUGAAAACUGCUCGCCUGAUGGAAAGCUCCCUCUAUCUGUCGUCAUGGGACAUAGCAUCACAGACAUCACUAUUCUGGACAAUGACACAACCAAGCACAAAGCUUUGCUUGAUAAACUCUUCAAAGACAACACCCAGACACAGUACCUGUCUGCGGGCGAACUUGCAAACCAGAAAGAAAAACUAAAGGAUUGGUUGAAACUUCAUAGAGUACCAGUGAAAGAAUGCGGAGAGGACAAUAACUCCUUGAGUAUUUCAGAUGUACUGGUGAUUGAGCCUCCGUACGAACCUGACAACUGCCUGUGCAAGAAUGAGAUCAUCUUGGCUCGUGUGCAGGCUCUCAUUAGGAACAUGGAUGAUGCAUCAUGACAUUGGAUAAUUGGAUUCCUCAGGUCUUCAAUUUUGUUUGCAGGACUUGCAAUUGUAUUGUUCUUUUACAUGAAUGUGACACCUUGGCCAGGACAUUUCCUGAAAGAAAUUUAGCAAUGUUUGCAGAGCUGUAUUUGAAGGACUGGCACAUGAAAGUUAUUAUAUUAGUGUGUCACCUGUAAAAGACAUGGACUGUAAUUGAACUUUAUGUACCAGAAGUUUUAUAAUUGCAGAACUGGGUUCAAGAGACUGGCAAGUCUGCAACAGGACAUUGACUAUAAGAACUAGCCACCCAUACAAACCACCAGAUGUCUGUGUUUAUUGGCAAGGUGAUGGGUAAAUUGAGAGAUAUAUACUCCCUUUUCUUUCUAUAAUUUGAUCGUUUCUAAUCUGUGUUUUCGCUGUUGAAUAUAAUAAAGACAAUAAUAAUCUUUUUCAUUUCAGUGAAUGAGACAAACUAUCACUUGUAUGCAAUGUGAUUCUUUACACAAUCUUUUCUCAGCUUCACUCUGGAAAGAUAGGGAUAUCCAAUUUCCACAGAAUUGAAAGUUUGUCCCAUAAGUUUGUCCCAUCACUCUCACUGAAAAUGAUUAUUUGUUUUAUUAUUUUUCUCAAUACUGUUCCUGUAUUUCCAAAGUUUCCAGAUUUUAUGAAGCAUCUUGAUAAAAAAAAUUUAGGAAAAAAUGUACUUGUAACUUGACAAAAAACUAGAAGUCUCCAUUAAAACUGUAGACGGGUAUUUGGUAACCGAUGCUUCCAUAUCUGAGCUGUCGAUGGAUAACUUUGUUAUCUCCAUGUAUGUUUGUUUUCAAGACCUUUUUAACAUUUUAUUGGCUUGAAGAGUUUCUGUUAUUUGAUAUUUUAUUUUAAAAAGGGACAAAAUGAAACAUUACAGAUACAUGUAUGCAAUAUAUUCUUACAGGAAAAUGGAAAUAUACACUUCUGUACACUUUAUCAGAAACAGGAUUGUGUUUUUAACAUUUUAGGGAAAAUUUGACAGAAAAUGAAAAUAUAAUGAAUUAAAAAUCUAAAAUUGCUACCAUACCUUCAUAGUUAUAGCUAAAUUAAAUGCUAAUUGCUAUAAAGCUUUUAGCUCUUCUUGUGGAUGCAAUUUUUAUAAGCUAAGAUUUCAUCUUGUAAAUAAAGGAAAUAUAUUUUUCAUCAAUGUGAAGGAAUAUGAACAAUUUUAAACAUCUUAAAAAUGGCAAAACAAUAUUUUUUCUUUAAUUUAAAAAGAGUUUAGGAUUUAGGAAUUGUUUGUAGAAGUAAAGUAGAACCGUCACAUUACAGUGUAACUUCACAGUAUAUUGACAAUAUUGUCAGCAAGUAUCAAUUACAAAUCUCCAUUCAUGAAGUAAUUUAUUAUUUUAUUUAAAGAGGAAGUCCACCCCAACUAAAAGUUUGUCAAGAUAAGAAGAAAUUUAUAUCAAACAUGCAUGAAAGCUUUAUAAAACUCAGAUAUUAAGUUAGGAAGUAGUGGCAUUUGAAAAUUAUGCAUAUUUUUCACAAAAAAUGUGUGCACAACAAAGUAAUGUAUACUUUGAGAAAUAUGAUGAUGACACACUUGAUAUUUCUUUUGUAUUUUGUUAAGUGAAUAUUUGCAGAUUUGACAAUGAGGAAUAUUUUCAUUGAAUCAGAAUAAGUUAAGAGUGGAAAUGCCACAUGCUUACAGAGCCAAUUCGCUGCACAUUACUAUGAGGAGAAAAUUAAAAUAAUCCAUGUCUCAUAAUAAUAAACAAAAAGAAAAUAGUGGGUGGGUGAUGUCAUCUGUUCCCUUACAUACCAACCAUGAUGUGCAUGUUUUUUAUAAAAUGAAGCAAAAUAUAAAAAUGUUUUUGCUCUAAUUUUACAUCAAAAUUUGAUUCAUUUAUUCAUAUCAUGUUCCUGUUUGACGGAGUUACCCAUAUUGUCACUACAUUACUCUCUAUUUUAUCUUUUCUCUCCCACCCCGCCCUCAUUUAAAUUUCUCCCAUUCUUCCCCUCUCUGUGUUUCCCUAUUGUUUUUUUUCUCUUGAUCUCCUCUUGUUAAAAAAAUGUUUUUAAUUGUAUAGUUGUACACAGCAACUGUAAAGAGCCAGUGUCAAUCACAAAAUGACCAAAUCUCAAGAUAGUUGACAACUUGAUAUGCACAAGUUCUUACCCCCACAUGUUUACAAUGAAACCCAUUUUGCUAUAUUUUUUUCCUCAUUUGUACUUGUAUAUUUGAAUAACCGAUUAUCCAAAGUGUAAACCAGUAGAAUUUAAUCCAUAUCUUGAAUGGAUUACAUUCCUUCUCUUAAUUGAUAUUGCUGUCUCAAUAAACAGUA